AUCUUAAGGAACGUGACAGCAUUAAAUCUAAAAGAGUGUGAAGACGAGUUGAGAACAAAGGCCCCUGUCACCAAUAAUCUCUUGGAUAUGCUGUGCACAUCGUCCUGGCAGAAGAAAUACAAACGUUCGGGGAGUGCUGAAGUAUCAGAAACGAAGGCAGAGAGGGCUACAUCCGCACAGCUUACAGUAGCAUCAAUGAUACUCUACUGUCGUUGUCCACAGCUUGCAGCUUUAUCCACUCAAAUUGGGCUGAUUGUUAGGCAUUCCAGAUCAGGUCGAAUGGUAAGUUCAUUUCUUUAUUAACUAUGUCUAUCGGCAGAAUAAAAUAAAUGUAAAAAGACCAGAACCUGCACCAAAACUGUUUCAAGGGGAAUGUUGUAGACUAUAAUCAAGUCACAUUUAUAAAGAACAACAAUGGGCACACUAGAUUAAAAUGAUCAUACAUGAGACAUGAUUAAAUUGGGGUUAACUAUUUCAGGGCCUCGAAACCCUUUACAGGCAUUGGGUGUGUCCACAUCCAGAUACAAUACACAGAAAGGCACAACAGUUGGGGCUGGAACAUGAUCGUGAAGUUUUCAAGUGGAAGAAUGAAAAUGAGAGCUCACAGAGAAAGUCGGAAAUCUUAGAUUUAAUAGAAACCUCAUUAAAAGACACCAUGUAUCUUGGCCUUCAGCCUCCCAUUUGUGAAUUUAAGGACGUCAUCCUCCAAAAGAAAGCUGGAAAAGAAAUGUGUUUGGCAGUGCCUGAUCGAUUGGAAAAUGAAAUCACAACACUGGAUGUGUCCUGUCUGCAGCUGUUUUGUCGGGUGACCACACCAUAUGAGGUGGUACAAAACUUGUUUCAGAAUCAAGCAACUGUAUACUCUUUGGAAGAAGUUAUGGGAUGCUUUGAAACAAUGGUCGCUGUUGCAAUUGUAGAAGGCUUAUGUCAUCCAAUUGAAGCCUGCAACAUCGCAAAGAAAAAGGAUGAAGAAAACAUCCCAGGUUACCAGAUUAUCGGCGACAAUCUGGAUCUUCACAUCAAUGUGAAACACAUGUCCAAUGCAUUGGAUAGG